AUGGGUUUUGUAACUCAGAGUUUGUGUUCCAUCCUUGUGACUUUCCUUGUGAUUUUUUCAUGUCUUUGUGAAGCAAACUCAGAACAAUAUCAUAGCAACCAUGUGAGGUUAAGAAAACAAGAAGUAGCAAAUUGUAACGUUUAUGAAGGGUCUUGGGUGUACGACAAUUCAUACCCUUUAUAUGAAUCUUCAGCUUGCCCUCAUAUCCGCAAGCAAUUUGAUUGCCAUAAGUAUGGUCGACCUGAUACUCUCUUCCUCAAAUAUAGAUGGCAGCCCAAGGGAUGUGACAUACCCAGAUUUGAUGGUCAAGAUUUUUUACGGAGAUUUAAGGGGAAGAACAUUAUGCUUGUAGGGGACUCCCUUAUUCUCAACCAGAAGGAAUCACUAGUAUGUUUGCUUCAUGCUGCUGCACCUAAUUCCAAAAUCAUAGUGGGGGGCAAUGACCUGUAUACUAAUACAACAUUCGAGGACUAUGGAGUUUCAAUUCUGCUAUUUUUAUCUCACUACCUUGUGGACAUUGAAGAAGAAGCUAUAGGUCCAGUGUUAAAGCUUGAUUCCCUGAAAAAUGGCAAAAUAUGGAGAGAUAUGGAUGUUCUGGUUUUCUACUCUUGGCUUUGGUGGUACCGUAGUGGACCUAAGAAACCAUGGGAUUAUAUUCAAAAUGGUGUCGUGAUUCUCGAUGACAUGGAUCGUAUGGUUGCUUUUCGCAAGGCUUUGACAACUUGGGCCAAGUGGGUUGAUACAGAUGUGGAUCCAGUAAAAACUAAAGUCUUUUAUCUAGGAAUUUCACCUUCCCAUUACAAUGGCACUGACUGGAAUAAGCCAGGAGUGACAAACUGCGCAAAUGAGACAACACCCAUAAACGGGUCAACUUACUCAGCUGGUUUGCCAUCAGCAGCAUAUAUAGUGAAGGACGUCUUAAGUACAAUAAAGAAGCCUGUUAAAUUGCUUGACAUAACCACUCUCUCACAACUAAGGAAAGAUGCACAUCCUAGCUCUUAUAAUGCAUACAAGGGCAUGGAUUGCACCCAUUGGUGUGUUGCUGGGCUUCCAGACACUUGGAAUCAACUUCUGUAUGUAGGUCUCACUAAUUGAAAGAUUGUUAGAUCUACAAAAAACAAUGAAAAAGUGUAGCCAUGUAAGCUGGAAAGUCUAGUAGUCU